AUGUCUACAAUAUUAGUUACUUACGAUGGAUCGGUUCAGAUAAUUUCAUUUAAUCGUCCAAAUAAACUAAAUGCCAUAUCAUUUCAGUGCUACAAUGAAGUGACUAAAGCUCUCAUAGAAGGAGCCAAAAAUGAUUCUGUUUUUCUUACCAUAUUAACUGGUGUAGGAAAAGCCUAUAGUAGUGGUACAGACUUAUUUGAUAGUUCUGUUGUAGAUAUGGAAGAUCGUUUGAUUGCGACACGAGACUUUGUAAGAGCAUUCAUAGAUUAUCCGAAGCUGUUAGUUGCAUUAGUCAAUGGUCCAGCAAUUGGCAUUGCGUGUACUACGUUAGGACUGUGCGAUCUUGUUUAUGCAACUAAAACAGCGACAUUUUCAUGUCCUUUUCACAGAUUGGGUAUUACUGCCGAAGGAUGUUCAAGUAUUACAUUUCCAUUAAUUAUGGGCAAAACUAGGGCCACUGAAUUUUUGUACUCUGGUAAGACAUUGAAUGCUAUUGAUGCACAGAAGAUUGGCUUGGUCAAUGAAAUUAUCAAUGACGGAAUUAAUGGAAGAAAUCAAUUAAUUAAAAAAAUCACAACUGAAAUAGCUUUGUAUAAAUUGCCUAUAGUGUACACAAAAUCAAUGAUGCUGAAUGGUGUGAUCUCUAAGGAUGAACUGCACAAAGCUAAUGAUAGAGAGAUUGAAAGACUGAUAGAAAGAUUCAAUUCAGAUGACUUUCAAAAUUCUAUUGCUAACUAUUUUAAACAAAAAACGUUAAAGAAUAAGUUAUAA